AUGUCCAACAACGCCACACCCAACCUCCCAUCUGUGCAAGAUAUUUUGGACGAAUACGGAGAUUCAGUGAACUUCGUUUUAGAUCCCCGAUGGCGUGCGGCAAUGGACAGACAACAGGGUACUGAAGAAGAGUUCAAACAAUUAGGAGAAGCCAUUGAGUACCUUUUACCGAUCUUGGAGAAUGCGCCGGGGAAUUCGGUCGUAACGACACCUACUCAAGAACCCGUUGGGGCUGCGCCUGGGACUGGCAGCAGUAGAUGUGGCCGCCAUGAUAGAUCAGCAAAAUCCGCUUGA